AAGUGGGAAAGGAGAUGUAUAUAGUGAAGAAUGGGCAGGUGCAGGUAGUGGCUGGACAAAAUGGGGAAGAGGUUCUGGCUACUCUAACAGAGGGCACUGUGUUUGGAGAGAUAAGUCUACUGUCUCUGGAUGGUGGGAACCGUAGGACUUGCAGAUGUACGGUCAAAUGGCUUUUCCAAUCUCUUUGUUUUGAGUAAGGAUGACCUGAAUGAAGCUUUGGAAUUCUAACCCAAAUGCACAAGAAAUACUGAAGAACAAAGCAAAACAGCUGAUGCGACAGAAUGAAGCAAGAGAACGGAAAAUGAACAGAGAAGACUCGGACAAUAAUUUGGAGCCUGCCAGCAAGUUCCCUAGGAGGAUGUUACCAGAUUCUGUGCGAAUUUUGACUAAAUAUUCAAAAUGCCGAUAUCCCAAAAACUCAUCAAGAUCUAGAGUGAGAACAUCUGUCUACUGCACAAAACCGUUCUCAGAGGAAACUGAAUAUCAGAAACUAAUGAGUCGCAGUUUCUCAGUAGACUUGGGCGAUCUACAGAUCUACCAAAAACUGUCUGGAUGCUUCUGAAACCAACCUAGCAGCAGAAAUACCUUGCCAAGUGACGGUACAUCGGGACAAUGAGUGAACUGAUGGAAUCCUUAACAUCAGAACUGGAUAAUUGGAAUUUGACACUGAAACUACAGGCAAAUAAAUUAUAUCCAGAUAUGUCAAACAACAAUACACUGAAAAACUGACUUUUAAUAUAUACAUAGAUUGCAACACAAAAACCACAUUGAUGCUGAUUACACAGGCAAAUAUUCUGUAUACACAAGCUCUGAAAAUAAAACAGCAGCAUUGAAUCAGUAUGCUUAAAAACAACUACUUUACUUUCACAGUUGACAACACUUCCACACUCCCAUGCAGAGUGAUCUGGAUAUAAUUUAUAAUUUGUCUCUAGCAGAACGUGAUGGCUGUGUCUAUUUCUCUAUUGUGAUAUUGCUGUAAUUUACAUUUAUGAGAGAAUCAAUAAAGACAAAUAUUUAAGUUCAUA